AUGGAAAAUGUUAAUGGAGAUAAUGUUAGUGAAAAUUCAUAUGUAGCUGAUAUAGAGUCACCAUUGAUUAAUGCAACACUUGAUGACCUACCAACUUGUUUGCAAUAUAUGAUUACAGUAAAACCAGAUAUGAUGGUCUCUGUGGAUGUUUUUGGCAAUAUAAUAGAAUUCACUCAUCUUGAAACUAGCAGACCAAUUUCAACAAUAAAAAAGAAUUAUGAUGAUAGGAACAAGCUGGCCCAUUUGAACAAGGAUGGGCUUGAUUAUUGUGCAAAGAAACACCCAUUUGUUUUUAAUAUGUUCAAGAUGUUUAGACGAAAUUUAAGAAUAUUUGAAGCAAAAAGAACACAUUCUUAUUACAAAUUUGUAGCAGAAAUACCAUUAUGUGUAGAUAUGGAAAACCAUACAAGAACAAAUCAUACAGCUAUUAAAUGGGCUACCAGUUUAUGA